AGGAGCGACUCCAUUCUAGUCACUACGAUAGCCCACAGAUCACAUAGGACGAGCUUUACAAUGUCUCCAUCUUCAGAUGACCUCAAAUUCUACUCUUCUUGGUUACUCAUCCCUGUAUUGUCCCUGGAAGAGGAACAAGAGCGCAAGGAUUAUGAGUCAGGACAUAUCAUGCCACCUUUGACUGCAUUCUUUGCAGCUCCCAUCACUGACAAAAAACAAAUCUCUCGUUUGUCUCAGGCUUUAUACUUACAAUACCCUCUUUAUGGUACCCUGCGGCAUUUGAAAAGGGUUUGUGCAUGCCAGUCCCGUCUAGAGAUUUUGCUUCGUCCUGUCACACCUGAGGACCAAUUAAAUCUGCUAAAAAACAAUAUGGACAUAUCAAAGCAGAAUGAUGACAGUCCCAAAAAGACUGUUGAUUCCAAAAGAGAGAUUCAUUUACAGGUUACUGACAUUCUGCAAGGUGGAUGCCUUGACCUAAAUGGAUUAGGGAAACCAUACAUUGUGUCGGUUCCUUCACGGGCAGCAAAGAACCAAAAGGAACAGCAAGUUUGGGCAAGCAUUUGGCCCUGCACCUACCAUGCCAAGCCCAAGAAUACGAAUUCGAAGGAAUGCGAUAGUGGUGAAGGUGUAUCUGAGCAAGAACUGUUACGAAUUGGAAGAAACAUGCAUCAGGCCUUAGAAGCAGCACAGCAAAAUCAGUCUAGAGGGGGAAAGGGUGUUGGAGCAGUUGUGGUGGACCAAGAAAGUGGUAAAGUUGUGGCAACUGGAACGGAUCAGACUGGAGUCGAGGGAGGUCCACUGCUUCACGCAUGCAUGGUAGCAAUAGACUUGGUUGCUCAACAACAAGGUGGAGGAGCCUAUGUUGAACUUUCUAGCAUGCAAGAAGCAGAUAGAGAUAGACUACAUAAAGAAUCUGAACAAGGGGUGGAAUCAAAAGGAAAUGAAAGGGAAAAGAGAAAACGUUCAAAGGAAAAGGAUGCAGGAACCGAAGUCCCAUAUUUGUGUACUGGGUAUGAGGUGUAUGUUACCCACGAGCCUUGUGUCAUGUGUUCCAUGGCUCUUCUCCACUCCCGUGUGUCUUGUGUCUACUAUGGAUGCAGUUCCUCUGGUGGUGCUUUGGGAUCCUACUACCGUCUCCACUGCAACCCUGGGCUCAAUCAUAGGUUCCUUGUAUAUCGAGGGGUGCUGGAAGAUGAAUGCCAGCGUUUAUUCUGUGGUAAUGAAAUUUGACAAUGAAAGGCAUCAUUCAGAACUUCUAUUAACCUAUUAUUAUUUUUUUUAAAGGGGUUUUAUUUUUGCUAUUAAACAAAAAUUUUACACAUG